GUGUGAUAGCGACCCAAGUGCCAAAGCAGAUCUGAGCAAAGCCUCAAAGCAAGUGGAGGUCAACAGGGAACACGACCUUCAUCCUGAUGUGCAGACCCGGACCAAUGUCAACAAGGGCAAGGCUGCAGCCAUUGAAACCUAUGUAGAGGUGGGGGUGCUCACCGAGCAAGAGCUGAAGGGUUUGAUGGUCCGUGUGGGCGGGACAAACUUUGACGAAGGAGAGAAGUUGAAAGCUUCUGGCCUUGAGGCAGUGCCCCUGAGUGACCACCUGGGCAAAGAAGACGUCCAGCUGUUUGUGAUCAGCUUGAGAAAUUUACCGUGCCACGAAAUUGCCAGCAUGCGCAAAAUGAAGGUGUCUUUCGCGCAGAUUCUGAGCCAUGAAGCUUGCUUGGUGGAAGCAGCAAGACAGUUGAGCGAUGGACAGCCUGCCAAGGUACAUGCUCAUGGAAUGAUUUCGCACCAUGAAAAGCUUCCGUCUGGGUUCAAAGACACUGCAGGCAUCAAGCACCUCAAAAUCAUUGACCAACUGAUUGGAAAGGUGAAGGAGAAGAAAGAUGAAAGGGUUGCCAAAGUGGAGGCUGCCAGGAGAGCUCUGGAUCCGCAUGAUGAGCAGUCAGACUAUGACGAGGAGAGCAGUGAGUCUGGGGUGGAAGUCAGAGAGGUGAAAGGAGGCAUCAAACAAGAGAGCGCUGCCAAACCAAAGGCAACCAAGGGCCGAAAGGCCGCAAAGAGCGAGAGUGCAGUUGGAGGAAUGAGACGGGAUUCAGCUGAACCCGUCGUUGGCGGUGCCGGUGAUGAAGGGGAGCUAUCGGACGAGCUGCGGCGUUGCGCAGAGAAGUAUGGCACUACACCUGCGUGUUUCUACAUGCUUGACCCGCAAGCCAUUCUCAACUCAAAGCCCAGGUGUGGCCGCUCACUGGAUGCAGCUCAGAAGAUCCUUCAGACCAUGAAGACCAAGGGCUACAGGGAGCACAAGCUGUUGGAGCAUACCUUGAGGAUGUGCACCUACGCCUUCUCCUUGGGAGUGGACCCUGGCAUGGAGAAGAUGCCAAAGCGAGAGAGAAUCACAGCCCUGGAGACCCUUGAGCGUGAAAAGUACAGUCUGCCGCCAGACAUCAAGGGAAAACACUCGGCUGCCUUUCUGAGUGACAUCUUCAACGAGGCAAGGACUCAAGAGCUGUCAAGUGCGAAGGUGAAGGAGCUGGUCGAGGUGAUUGGCCUUUGGCAAGCUCUCUACGCCCAGGAAGCCCCCAACGCGCCACUGAGCCCGUGGACGGUCAAAAAUCCAACCUUUGCUGGUCUUUUGGCAAGUGUGGCUGACUCGUACAUAGGCUGCACCUUGGAGGAAGCAGCACAAGAUGAGCGCGAGAAGGAGGACAUGGAG